AUGCGUCGUUUGAUCGACGAUAGCCAAGAUUCACCUGACGAAAUGACCGAAUUGUUGAAAUCUCAAGCUGACGAUACAAUUAUCGAUGGUCCUGAGAGGCCAAAUGUUACUAAUUUGCCUGAUGUAGCAAUUAUUCAGACAUCAACAAACGCGGAAAACAUUUCGUCUAAUGCUGCUGCAUCUGCAUGUUCACAUUCAAGAGUUGAAGCCAUUGAUCCACAAGAUCAUGAACCAACUCGUAGACAUCGACGAGAUGGACAAUCUGAUGAACAACGGCCAUUAAAUAUUGAACAUGAAGAAAUUUUUAAAUAUGGCGCAAGUCAUGUUGUGAAAUUAUUUGUACCUGUAUCAAUUUGUAUGCUUAUUGUUAUUAUAACAAUAAAAACAACAAGUUCAUACACUCCGGGUGGUGCAACAUGGGCUUAUACACCGUUUACAGAAGAUAAACCAACGAAUACGCAGAGAAUAUUAUUUUCAUUGGCAAAUACAUUUAUUUUUAUGGGCUUUGUUAUUACAGCUACUGUUAUUUUGAUUGUACUGUAUAAAUUUAAAUGUUAUAAGAUUAUUCAUGGAUGGUUAAUUUUAACAACAUUGAUGUUACUCUUCUUUUUUCUAUAUUCAUACUUCAGUAGUAUAUCAGCAUCAUUAAAUCGACCUAUUGAUAUGAUAACAAUAUGUUUUAUAACAUGGAAUAUAGGUGUUGUUGGUAUGUUUUGUAUUCAUUGGAAAGGUCCUUUACGUGUUCAACAAGCUUAUUUAAUUCUAAUGUCGGCUCUUUUGGCACUUGUUUUCUAUAAAUUUUUACCUGAUUGGACAGGUUGGCUUAUUCUUGGUGUUAUAUCAAUAUGGGAUCUUAUUGCUGUUCUAUGUCCAAAAGGUCCAUUACGUAUUUUAGUUGAAACAGCACAUGAACGUGGUGAACCCAUAUUUCCAGCAUUAAUUUAUUCAUCUACAAUGGUUUAUAUGGUUACAGCAGUUGAUCCACCUGGUGAACCUCAAUUUGCACCCGAUAAUAAUACUAAUACAAAUACGGCUGUUAAUGUUGAUGCAACAUUAACUGAUGAACAAAGAAAUCAACGUGCUGAAAUAAGAAAUAACAAUGCUCGACGACAACUUAUCCCUCGAUCUGAUGUACCACAAACAGACACACGACGUGAAUCAGCUCGAUAUGUUGUUGAACGAUCAAAUUCCCCUGUACUCGAUGAUGAUGAUGAUGAGAAAGGCGUUAAACUUGGCUUAGGUGAUUUUAUAUUCUAUUCAAUUUUAUUAGCAAAAGCAUCAGCACUCGGUGAUUGGAAUGUCACAAUAGCAUGUUAUGUUUCAUUAUUAAUUGGUUUAUGUUUAACAUUACUUUUAUUAGCUAUUAUUCGUAAAGCAUUACCAGCUUUACCAAUAUCGAUCACAUUUGGUCUUAUAUUAUAUUUUUCAACUGUUUAUAUUAUUGGUCCAUUUAGUGCUGAAUUAAAUCUUGGACAAGUUUUUAUUUGA